ACAAAAUAUCAACCCCAAAAGCCUCAAAUCAAUUACUACCAUCUCAUAAACAUAUUUAUCUUUCAGCCAUGUCCGGGAUCAUAGAUAUGUGGACUUCUGAGCUUGCCAAGUUGCGUGAGAAGGGUCAGACUCUUUUCCCUAGCGGUUCGAGCCAUGUCACCGUUGAGUCUAGCCAGGCAGAUGAAGGUGGACCACAAGAGAGGAACUCAAGUGGGUCAUCAGGUGCUGGAACUUUUAUUAGCCGAGUCAUCGGACUGAAAUCACCGGCGGUUAAAUUCUCGGAGGGUUCUGUUUCCAUGCUUGUUCAAUGGUUUAGCCCUUGAAGAAGAACGUAUAACUAGCUUGUUCCUUUUGUUUCUCUUGUUCGGUUUUCAAGUAAUGUAAAUAUUGGUCUUGUGGUAUUAAUAAGAGUCUACGUUUGAGUGAUUUAAGUUCACCUCACCUUGUAAGCCAAUCAAAAAUCAGAAUAUGG